UUCAAGUUAAAAAAAAAUAAAAAAUAGGGGUCAUAUUUGACCCUUUUCUGAAGAUAAAAAAAUCUAAACUGAAUCAGCUCGUAGUACUUGUACACUGCGCUGCAAAAGUUUGUACACUUUAGUGCUUCUUAAUAUUAAUACAAAACUUGAGCUUCUCUGCAAGAGUAUAACGAUGAUGCUGCUGCUGCAAGGAGCUACUUCUUCUUCUUAUACUUCACUUCUCUUCUAUUCAACAAUCCCAUCUUCUCAUAAUUCACUUCUCCCGCCAUUUCGAAGCAGACUUUCUCCAACAGUUUUACCUUCAAGAUUACCUUCCAAUACUCUUCACUGCACUGCUACUCAAGAGAUUGUUAUUGAAACUGCAAAGAAUGAAUUAGAAUUUGUUGAAGUUGGAUACUUAUCUAGUGUUCAUGGGCUUCAAGGAGAAAUUUGUGUGAAACCCAGUACUGAUUUUCCUGAAUUGAGAUUUUCCCAGGUGCCUGGGAGAAGAUGGUUAAGGCAGCAGAUUUCUGGGAAAGAUAUGAUUCAAGAAGUUGAGUUGAUUGAAGGAAGAGGAUACCAUGGACAAAAGAGUUGGAUACUUAGGUUUGAUGGAAUUGACACAGUGGAGCAGGCUAGGCAACUUGUUGGGUCGACUCUUCUUGUGAGAGAAGAUGAUAGGCCGGAGUUAGAAGAAGGAGACUUUUACACUCGCGAUCUUGUUGGCAUGAGAGUGAUUCUUAAGGAAACUGGCCAAUGUGUGGGAACUGUUGUUAAUGUUUUUGAUAGUGGAGCGGGUGACCUUUUACAGGUCAUGCUCUGCCCAACUGAGGGUGUGCCUGAGGGGACUGAGAAGUUAAUGACAGCAGAAACAGGGGUAUCCAGUCCCCUGGUGUGGGUACCAUUUGUUGAAGCAAUUGUUCCAGAUGUGGAUAUGACCAAAAGAGAAAUGUGGAUUACACCCCCAAAAGGACUUCUUAAGUUAAACAUACGAUCUGAUGAGAGGUCCAAGAAAGAAAGACGCCAGCUUGAAUGGAAAGAAAGGAAAAAGUUUCAAAGACGCCUUAUAGCAGCAAAAAAGAAAUUGUGUGAGAUGGAGCAAAAACAUGUGUUUGAUGGAUUAAGAUAUGGGGAAAAGCCCCAAAGGAGUUCACUGGCAGAUCAGAUUGUUGGUGUAAAUUCUAAAUUGCUUCAGCAGGCACUACAAAAUAUAGGGAUAUCCUUCCAGAGAUGGGGCAUAACUGAGUUAAUCAGUGCCACAAGAACGAAGCUAAUACAAAGGUCUUUGAAGCUAUCAAAGAAGUGCCUCACUCCUUGUGCAACUGAAGAGAGUUUGACCGCAUAUUUCGAUAUGCAAGACAAAGGGCUGAAUCUUUUGUCUACAGGCAAAGUAGGUAUUGUUUUAGUGGUGAAUGAGGUUGACAAGAAUGGAACAAGCCAUAGCCCUGAUGUCGUUGACACUAAAAACAGUGAGGAUUUGGCCUUUUCCUUGCUUCAGAAAUCACUUUCAGAUGAUCAGAGUUUUUUGAAGAUGGAAGACCGUGCAUUUGUGCCUUUGGUUUUGGUUUGCCCAAUGCAAGAAAUCCGGUCUUUGAAAAAGCUGUUCUCAGAUAAUGAUUACUUUGGGUUUGAUACUGACAAGGUGUGGUUUUUGGAAGAGGAGAAGCUUCCAGUUGUUAAUAGUUCUUAUGAAGAACCGAGCAGGUGCAAAAUUUUGAUGAAGUCACCAUGGGAAAUACUGCAAGUGCCAGUUGGAUCUGGGGGUGUUAUUAGCUUGCUUUCAACACAUGGCAUUCCGGAGAUUCUGAAUAAAAUGGAUGUGAAGUACAUUGAGGUAUGUAGUGUUGGCCAAAAUAAUGUCCUUGGAAAUGCACUACUUCUUGGAUAUGUUAACUCGUGCAAGGCUGAGAUUGGGUUGCAAAUUUUUGAAGAUACUGAAGGUUCAGAAGAAAGUUAUGACAUGAUUUUCUCUAAUAGUUCGAUGAAGAGGUUGACAGAAGAGAUGGAUAAACUCCAAUUCCAUACGAUCUCGAAGCCAAAUUCAUAUGUGGAGUUGGUUGACAAAGAGUGGACUGAUAUUAUCCCAUCAUCUCCCAACUCCUACCAAUUUUAUAGUUCAAUAUACAGUGCCUUAAAUGGUUGUCCUCUUGAUAAAAUUUGUGUAAUAGAAAUAACAGAUUAAUACAAUGUAUAUAAUGUAUCUUAGGGAAAUCAAAUGUGUAUUUCACCGUACUUUUAAAACUAGUCUCUGAUGAAUUAUUAUAUCAGUUGAAUUUAUCCCCAAGAAACAUGGUUGACGAUUA